AUGCCUCGAGACCCUCUGAUCGGGCUCGUAGGCAAGCCAUCAUCUGGAAAAUCCACAACUCUCAACAGCCUUACGGAUGCCACUUCCAAAGUCGGAAACUUCCCCUUCACAACCAUCGACCCCCAACGCGCUAUCGGCUACCUCCAAGUCCCCUGCGCCUGCGCCCGCUUCAACCUAACCUCCCGCUGUCGCCCCAACUACGGCUCCUGCAUCAACGGGCAGCGCUCCGUCCCCAUCGAACUCCUCGACGUCGCGGGCCUCGUCCCAGGCGCACAUCAGGGUCGCGGCCUCGGCAAUAAAUUCCUCGAUGACCUACGGCAUGCGGACGCGUUGAUCCACGUCGUUGAUGUGUCAGGCACAACAGAUGCAGAAGGGAAAGCGACACGAGGCUACGAUCCAAGCGUAGACAUAGAAUGGUUGAGAGGGGAGAUCGUGCGUUGGGUACAGGGGAAUCUCAUGGAGAAGUGGGGCAGUAUCAAGAGACGGCAUGUUGCGAUCAAGGGCAAUGCAGUCGACACAUUACAGGGCCAAUUCAGUGGGUACGGCAGUACGAGGGAUACAGUCGCCAGGACGCUAGACAAAAUGCACCUGAAAGAACCACUAGAAACAUGGUCCGACGAAACGAUAGCAAACAUGGUCAGCACCUUCGUAGACGAGAAAUUCCCCACCGUCCUAGCCCUCAACAAAAUUGACCAUCCAGACGCAGACAAGAACAUCGCCAAGAUAGCAAAGACAAUCCCCGCCGAGCGUAUGGUGCUCUGCAGCGCGAUAUCCGAAGUCUUCCUACGCCGACUCGCGAAACAAGGAUACAUCCGGUACGUCGAGGGGAGUGAAUUCGUCGACACAAGGGAAGACCUCAUCGAGCAAGGGGAAGUAGAUGGCGGCGGCCUGAAAGAAAUGGACGAGAAGUUAAAAACACGGAUCGAGAAUCUGAAGGAUAUGGUCCUGUAUCGCUUUGGAAGUACGGGUGUCGUGCAGGUGCUCAGUCGAGCCGCGGAGGUAUUAGGCCUGGUUCCUGUCUUUCCGGUCAGGAACAUAAAUACAUUCGGAACUGGGACCGGAAGUACAGCGCCAGUGUUUAGGGACUGUGUGCUGGUGAAGAAAGGGAGUACGGUGGCUGAAGUAGCUAGGAAAGUCAUGGGUGAUGCGCCGAUUGCUUUUAUUGAGGGUGAGGGCGGAAGACGAGUUGCAGAAGACGCAUUAGUUAGUCUGGGCAAAAAUGAUAUCUUGAGCUUUCGGAUAUGA